AAGAAUUUCUUACAGGUGCUCCAGGCCUUUGGUGAUCCGAUCCAAACAAGUAAUCGUGUAUCGUGAUCUAGUUUUGUUGACUAUCCGGAUUUUCUUGUUUAUUUUGCCGAACCGACGAUAAGGUCCUUCAAAAAUGAUGAUCAAAUUGUUUAAGUUUCUAUCUAGCAAGUCGCAAGUUGAAAUGAUUAAAAGGGGCCUGAUAAUACCUCCUGGAGCAACAGAGAAGCCAACAAAAACUGUCACCGAUUUACUGGAAGAUUUUACUCGAAGUGUAUUGGGUCCUGAAAACAGGCAUGGAUCAAAUAACAUGGGGCGAGAACAUCUGUAUAAAUAUUUGCCAGCAACACAAGCUGAACUUCCUGUUCGAAAGAUGAGUGACAGCUACGAUACUGCUAUCAUUCCUUUGGGGACGGACAUGUCGAUGCGUGAAAAAUACAUGACCUUUCACAAAACAAUUCGGAUCGGUCGUUUGCUUGAAGACCUAGACAUUUUUGCAGUUACACUUUGUUAUAGACACAUUUUGAAUCCGAAACAGCCCUCCAACGUUUCUAUCAGCCCAUACAGUAUUGUGACAGCAUGUGUGGAUCAAAUUGAUAUAUCUCAUGUUCCGCUUCGGCACGACGCGGAUAUCCGUUUGAGAGGCCAUGUCACAUGGGUAGGCAAGUCGUCAUUGGAGGCUACGAUGGAAGUUGAUCAGAUAGAUGAAAAAACGAACGCAUGGAACACGGUUACUAAUGCAAGGUUCGUAAUGGUUAGCCGUGAUCCCAUGAACAAAGGGUCAGCAAUCGUAAAUCAGUUGCUUCCCGAAACCGAAGGAGAAAAGGCCCUUUUUAGAAAAGGAGAAGAAAACAAAGAAAGAAGGACCCAAAUGCAAACGACAUCCUUGUUCCGGAAACCACCAAGUGAGCAAGAGAGAUUGAUUAUCCACGAUCAAUUCCUCCGCACGAUCGACUGGAAAAGCAUGUCCUUCAAAACUCGUAUUAAACCGGCGAAUUCCGUUUGGAUGGCUGAUGCCAAGCUCAAGAAUAUGAUCAUCUGUCAUCCUGAGAAUCGCAAUCGGUUUAACAAAAUUUUCGGAGGUUUCCUCAUGCGACUCGCCGUUGAAUUAGCCUGGGCAAACUGCUACGUCUAUUGUAAGAGCUUGCCUACCGUGGUCCAUGUUGAUGACAUCCUCUUCCGCAAGCCAGUCGAGAUAGGCUCACUAUUGUACUUCAGUUCCCAGGUGGUCUACACUCAAGGCCAUUACGUGAUGGUACGGGUGUCGGCCGAAGUUGUUCAACCAGAAGACGGAACACACGACCUGACCAACGUAUUUCAUUUUACUCUAAAGACAGACGGGAUGGCACCUGAAGUUAUUCCGCGAACCUAUCAAGAGGCCAUGAUGUUCCUUGACGGACGGAGGCAUUUUAUGGAUACUGAACAUCCUUCUCCAGCCGGCGGACCGUUAGCGAAACUCUAGAACAAACACUUUGAAAGAAUUUUGAUGAUUUUUAACGGUAUUACUUAACACAAAAGACACACGCACACACACGCACACACACACAAAAUAACUCGAAUUAGUUAGAGGGAGUAUCAAAAUUCUUCGGCCCGUCCUCACCAAUGGAAGGUGAAAAGCUACCACUGAAGUGAGAUACCAAUUGACCGAUACCUAUACGCGUGGCACGUUACGACGAAUACAAGCGUAACGUUGAUUGCAUAGCCAGUGACUCCAUGUGUGUGUGUGUGUGUGUGUGUGUGUAGUAAGUGGUAGAAACAAGCGUCCAAGCCCGUUGACUUGCUUCUUUUCUUUUUUCUUUUUUUUUUUUUACGGUAUUUGACCCGGUUGUGAGUAAAGAUGGUCGACCACCCCGCC